AACGUUUUAAUAGUUUCGCUUUAGUAAACAAUAUUGUAAAAAAUUUUUAUUCGAUUCGCCGAUUCAAAUUCAUACUGAGGUGAGAUGAAUUACAUUUUAUAUUUUUCAUUAUGCCCAAUAUAAAAAAAAUUAACUGGAUGAUGUUGAAUUAACUGUGCUAUUACAAACUACCUACCUACACGUUUAAGUCCACAUAAAAUGGGUCAAAUUGAAGCGUAAAUGUCGGGAAUUUGAUUUUGCACUAAUUAAUGUUCUUUGUAUCAUUUUGUAAAGUUGAAAAAACGGUGUUUAUCUUAAAAUACAAGAAAAUCUUCAAGAAUUCCAAAUAUGAAUCUAAUAACAAUAAUACCGAUUUUGAUUGCCGUAACAUGGGUAGCGUUUUCACAAGCCGAACCAAUUUGCAUAAUCGACACUAGCGACGAAACGAAUUUAAUAUGCCAAAACGUCUCUACUGUAUUCCCGAACAAAAUGUAUUACGGCAACAAGAACCUCCAGUGUCAAAAAUGUAACAUAAAAGUAUUUGCUUCGUCAACUUUCGUUAGUGAUAACGUGCUUUUAUCAAUAAACAUAUCAAAUAGCGAAUUGCACUCUAUACAAACUUCAGCUUUCAAACAUUUAGGCAACGUGCAAAAUAUUUAUUUCCAAAACAACGAGAUAUCCACCGUGGAGUCCGGUGCUUUCGCCGGCUUGAGACAAGUUUAUGAAAUCGAUUUAACCAAUAAUUUAAUCGAAAAUUUAACCCCGGGGUUCGUGAAAGAUUUAGAAGUUACUUAUUUUUCCGUAGCUGAUAAUUUGAUACAAGAAAUCCCCGAUAAAGUGUUCGAAGACGUUCUUAUUAUAACUAAUCUCAUUUUGUCUAAUAAUAAAAUUAGAAAACUGAAUUACGACUCGUUUUACGGUCUAGAAUCUACUGAAUAUCUAGAACUAGAUAACAAUGAGUUGUGUUAUUUACCAAUAGGAACGUUCAGGAAUAUGAAGGAUUUGAGUUUUUUAAAUUUAGCUAAUAACAAGUUACAAAGAUUUCCCAUGGGGACGUUCUCAGGGUUGAACGAUCUAUCUACUUUAAUACUAGCGAAUAAUUCCAUAACAACCAUCGAUGGUACUGAAUUUUUACCAAUGCAACGACUUUUAAGAUUGGAUAUCCAAGGUAACAAUAUUUAUUAUUUAGAUGCUCAUCUUAUAUAUUCCUCAGUCCCCACUUUAAAGUAUAUUAGUUUGGAAAAUAACAUCUACGACUGCGCUUUGUUGAUGAACGUCAUUCAGUAUUUUAAAGAAAAAAAGGUUAAUAUUGAUACCCGGAAUGGGUAUUACGACGUGCAGAAUAUCAACGGUGUAGUUUGCGUUGAGGAAGACGUCGAUGAAUACACAGAUAAACAGAAAUUUUAUAAAAAAGCUUCAGAUCAAGCCAAACUCUCAAUUGCUUAUUGUGCUUGAAAUUCCAUUUAUUUUUUAACAUGUAUUUGAAAAAAAUAAAGGUUUAUUCUUUUCUA